AUGUCGCUGUUUCCGAAAAAGAAUCCAGAGGGAGGAAAGCUUACCAUCUUCGUGGACUGUGUCUCGCCGUACUCAUGGUUCGGCUUCACCAAUGCCAUUCGCUACCGACCACUUCUCAACGCGUAUGGCGUCUCGGUCGAGAUCGUCCCAUUCUUCCUGGGCGCCGCUCGCGAUAGCGCCGGGAAUCCAUUCACGCCGACACCCAAGUGGAGGGAAGCUUUCGGGGAGCAAGAUUUCACGCUGACAGGCGAGAUGCUGGGCCUGAAACCGGUCCGGCCCAAGGAGUUCCCGAUUCUGUCCCUAUUCGCCGUCCGCAUCGCGACUUGGGUCAAAGACCACUAUCCGGCGGAAAAAUUCGACCAAACCUUCCCAGCGUUCAGCGUGGCGUACUGGAGCAAGGGCAUCAAUAUCUCGAAGCCGGAAGGUGUACUCAAGGCCUUGGCGGGGAUCUUCACCGAGGAGGAAAUCAAGGAGAUAAUGAAGAAUGCGCUCAGUCCGGAGAACAAACAGCGAGUCAUCGAGCUGACGAAGAGUGCUGGCGCAUUCGGCGCGCCUUGGAUUCAAGCCGUCAAUUCCAAGGGCCACCGCCGAGAUUGGUUCGGGAACGAUCGGUGGGACCAGGUCUUCUAUCAUCUCGAGGUACCUUUCACGACGACGAGAAUCAUCCCUCCCGACGAGCUCGAAGCAGAAGCCAAAGCAAAAUUGUGA